AUGACGAGCGAGGCGCCAGAGAAUCCCAGUUCCCAGCCAGUCACUCAAAACGGGCAGGCGGAACAGCAGGAAAUCCCCGAUGGCCCAAAUCCCCCGCCCGAGCUCCCGUCGGGGCAAGAUCGACUGCCAACGCGAAAGGAUACAUCACUACGAGAGUUCUUGAACAAGAUCGACGACUGCGCCCCCAUUAUUCCCGACGCCGUGACCAGCUACUACAUGACCAAGGCGGGCCUCCCGCCGCCGCCGCAGACCGACGCCCGCCUGGCGCGGCUGCUCGCGCUGGCGACGCAAAAGUUCAUCGCCGACAUUGCCGCCGACGCGUACCAGUACAGCCGCAUCCGCGCCUCGAGCAACACCAACAACCCGAUGGGCACGCUCGGCGCGGCCGCUGGGUUCCCCAUCCCCGGGCAACAGGCGGGCCAGCCUGGCAACAAGGACCAGGGGAAGGGGGCGCCGCUGGGGAUCCAGCGCCCCGGGUACGGCGGCGGAGGGCAGGGCGGGAGCCAGAACAGGACGGUUCUGACCAUGGAGGAUCUGGGCAUGGCGGUGGGGGAGUAUGGCGUCAAUGUGAAGCGGAGCGAGUUUUAUCGCUAG